CCUGCGCGCCUGCCCCGCUGCAGUGGUGAAGCGGCUGCCGGAGCACGUGCAGGUGGACGACCCGGUGGCGCAGAGGAAACUGGCCAAGAAGCUGGAGCGGCAGCAGGUCCUGAUGCGGCAGGACUACGGCCCCAAGGUCAACCUCUUCUCCCACCUGCACCAGUACAGCCGGAAGAAGCCGCUGACGCAGGAGAUGAGCAUCCCCUCCACGGUCAUCCACCCGGCAGUGGUGCGCCUCGGCUUGCAGUACUCCAGUGGGCUCAUCAAUGGCUCCAACACCCGCUGCAUCGCCCUCCUGCAGGCCUUCAAGCAGGUGAUCCGGGACUACUCGACGCCACCCAACGAGGAGCUCUCGCGGGACCUGGUGGCUAAGCUGAAGCCAUACAUCAGCUUCCUGAUCCAGUGCCGGCCACUGUCUGCCAGCAUGGGCAACGCCAUCAAGCACCUCAAGAAGGAGAUCUCAGGUCUGCCAAGCACCAAGAAGGAGGAGGACGCCAAGAAGGAGCUGCAGCACUUCAUUGACCAGUUUGUGCGAGAGAAGAUCUCCUUGGCCGCGGAGGCUAUCUCCAAGUAUGCCCUUGAGAAGAUCAAGGACAAUGACGUCAUCCUGGUGUAUGGAUGGUACGGUGGGGGCAGGGGCUUGCUCGUUGGGUGGUUCACCUGGGUAGGAAGAGUGUGCGGCCUGAGCUGGGGGUGAGCUUCGCUGAGUGGGAGCAUGGGCUGCGAUGGGGACAUGGGAUUUGUUUCCUGGGAAUGGGCCAGUUCCAGUCCAUUGUGUCCCAAUGUGCUGUUUCUGGGGGUGGCUUCUCCAAGGCAGGGAAACGUGU